CUUGAGUCACCCCGGGCACGGCCAGGCCGGGCCGGGGGCACCGAGGGCUGCCGGGGGCACGGAGAGCCCCGCACCUGGGCAGGUGGCGGCUCUGUUCCGGGGCGGGGGGACCCCCCCGUGUGCCGGCUGUGAACAGGAUACGAGCGGCUGCGGCGGGGACACAGCGGCAGCAUCACCCCCGCCCCCGGGCAGAGCCGGUUCGUGCCCCCGGGACCCCUCCCGGGGCCAUGUCGGGGGCCGGGGGCUGCGGGAUGCGCGGGGGGGAUCCCGCCCAGCGGCCCCCAGCUGCCCCUCGGGAUGCUGGCAUCGCUGGUGCACGCCCGGCGCGCUGAGCCGCCCGUGGCCCCGCGCUGUCCCCGCGCUGUCCCCGCGCUGUCCCCGCCGCCCCGCAUGGCGCUGCAGCCCGAGCCGCCGCUGGACCUGAGCUUCCUGACGGAGGAGGAGCGGAGCUGCAUCGCCCGCGUGCUGCAGCGGGACUGGCAGCUCCGCCGGCGGGAGGAGGGCCGCGUCAGCAAACUCCGCAAGUCGGUGUCGGACCCGGCGCGGCUGCGGAGCCUCACCGGGGACUGGUUCAGCGACGCCCGCGCCCAGCGCCACCAGCACCCGCUGGGCUCCGACCUGGUGCGAGCCUCCAUCCGCCGCAGGAGGCGGCCCCGGGGGACGGGGGAGCUGGAGCGCGGCCCUAGCCUGGAGGCCAUCGAUGAGCCGCUGGCAGAGGAGAGGGAGGAUGAGGAUGGCGCGUUGGAGACGGAUGAGAGUUCUCCCCCCGAGGAGGUGCAGGAGGCCACUGAGCCCCAGCCCAGCCCCCCCGGCCCGGCUGUGGAGGGGACCCCGGGCUCCCAGCCCGUGCUGCAGGGUGCCAUCCCCCCGAGGGAGCAGGACAGCCCAGGUGACACGGGAGGUCCCUCCCUGGGCUCGAGCAGCACAGAGGAGGAUGAGGAGGAGGAGGAAGAGCCGGACUCGGCACACGGCAGCCACAGUGCUGGGCAGAGACCAGAGACCCCCCAGACGGAUCAGAUGCCCCCAGACCCACUGUCCCCACAGAACGGCCACACCCCCCGGAGGCUGCUGAGCACCAGCUCCUCCGUGUCCAGCCUCAGCUCCUCCACGCUGAGCGGGAGCCUGAUGAGCCUGUACAGCGAGGGGGAGCUGGGCAGGGUGGCCGUGCGGGGCUGCGUGCAGUUCUCCCUGCGCUACCAGGCUGCCGAGAAGGAGCUGCAGGUGCACGUCCUGCGCUGCCGCCAGCUGGCCGAGGCCAAGAAGCAGCGCUCGGACCCGUACAUCAAGACCUACCUGCUGCCCGACAAGUCCAACCGCAGCAAGCGCAAGACCGCGGUGAGGAAGAGGAGCUUGGACCCCGUCUUCAACGAGACCCUCAAGUACAAGCUGGAGAAGAGGGACCUGCAGGGCCGGACCCUGAACCUCUCCGUGUGGCACCAUGACAGCCUGGGCAGGAACCUCUUCCUGGGCGAGGUGGAGGUGGCUCUGGGCACCUGGGACUGGGCCAACACGCGGCCCGAGUGGUUCAGCCUGCAGCCACGGGUGCCCAUCCCCUCGCACGGCCUGGCCAGCCGUGGCAGCCUCAACCUGGCGCUCAAAUUCAUCCCCGCCGGCUCGGAAGGAGCGGGGAUGCCACCCACGGGCGAGCUGCACAUCUGGGUGAAGGAUGCCCAGAGCCUCAUCCCGCUGCAGAGCGGCACCGUGGAUGCCUUCGUGCAGUGCUACGUGCUGCCCGACGACAGCAAGGCCAGCCGGCAGAAGACGCGGGUGGUGAAGCGGAGCCUGAACCCCCUCUUCAACCACACCAUGGUGUACGACGGCUUCCAGGCCAGGGACCUGGCCGAGGCCUGUGCUGAGUUCACCCUCUGGCACCACGAAGCCUUCUCCAAAUGCCAGCUGGGUGGCAUCCGCCUCAGCCUGGGCACCGGCAGCAGCUACGGGCUGCCCGUGGGCUGGAUGGACUCCACGGCGGAGGAGCAGGGCGUGUGGAAGCAGCUGCUGCAGACGCCCGGGCGCUGGGUGGAGGCGCUGCUGCCCCUGCGGACCAACCUGGUGCCCCGGGGGUAGCCCCAGCCCCGCGGAGCGGCUGCUGCCAGCGGGACUGCGGGGUCUGUGCGGGCUGGGGUCUGUGCCCUCCCCUCCAGCAGCAAUGAAGUGGCACCAGAGGGCACAGCUGGCAGCUGUUUAUUGCUGUGGGCACAUCUGGCAGCUUCUUAUUGCUGUGGGCACAUCUGGUGGCUGUUUGCUGCACUGGCCAGCAUCCCCUGCCUUCUCCCUCCACUGUGGGGCUGGAGCUGCUGCUCCCAGUGUGGGGCUGUGCCCUCCAUCCCCGUCCUUCCAGCCCCCAGGGUGGGGGCCCUGCUCUGCCCGGGUGCCCCUUCUCUUACUGGGGUCCCCCGCUCUGGGCUGCCCACCCUGGCUCCCAGUCACUGUGGGAGAACAUCCAAAUCCACAAAGGUGUUUUUGCUGUCCCAGGACUGCUGGGGCUGGGGGGUGACAAUGACACGGACACCAAA